CACAUGUGAGUGGAAAUAAAUAUUUCAAAAUAAUUGAUAAAAAUAUUAAAUACCCAAGUUAAUAAUGGGUAAUGACGAUGAUUUCAUGGAUAAAAAGAAGCCGCACAAGGCAAGGCAUUCGGGUGUUAAGGCAAAAAAGAAGGAAGAUAAAAAGUCGAAGCAGCUACCAACUGAUAAGCAAAAGAAUCCAAAAGCAUUUGCAAUUAAUGCCGUUCGAAGUGCUGAGAAUCGAUUUCACAGAAAACAGGAUUUAAAGACCAAAAAACAUCAUAUUCCGAUUGUUGACAACAGCACAGAGGAAGCGCCACCAAUUGUUAUAGGCGUUGUUGGACCUCCAAAAGUGGGAAAAUCGACAUUAAUUAAUAAUUUGAUCAGAAACUUUACUAGAACGAAUGUGACUAGCAUUAAAGGACCGAUCACAAUAGUAGUGUCUAAGAAACGUCGCAUAACACUUAUAGAAUGUAAUAAUGAUAUAAAUUCGAUGAUUGAUUUAGCAAAAUGUGCAGAUUUAGUGUUAUUAAUGUGUGAUGCAAGUUUUGGAUUCGAAAUGGAGAUUUUUGAGUUCCUUAAUAUUGCACAAGUUCAUGGAAUGCCGAAAAUUAUGGGAAUUCUGACUCAUCUCGAUUCAAUUAAGAACAUAAAAGCUCUUCAAAAACGUAAGAAGCUUUUAAAGCAUCGAUUUUGGACAGAAGUUUAUCAAGGUGCUAAAUUGUUCUAUCUUUCUGGUAUACAGUAUGGCGAGUAUCUUCGUAAUGAAAUUAAGAAUUUAGGAAGAUUUAUUCACGUAAUGAAGUUUAGACCACUUACAUGGCGAGGACAGCAUAGCUAUAUACUUGCUGAUCGUAUGGAAGACAUUACAAAUCAAGAAACAAUUCGUUUAAAUCAAAAGUGUGAUCGAAAUGUCGUUUUGUAUGGAUAUGUUAGAGGAAUUCCAUUAAAGAAAGGAAAUGCUGUUCAUAUUGCUGGUUUAGGUGAUAUGAAAAUUGAUGAACUGCAGGCUUUACCUGAUCCAUGUCCUAUGGCUUCAAAAGAAAAGAAACGAAAUUUAUUAGAAAAGGAAAGACUUCUUUAUGCUCCAAUGAGUGGUGUUGGUGGAAUUGUUUACGAUAAAGAUGCUGUCUAUAUUGAACUUCAAGGAUCACAUAGUCACACGAGAGAUAAUACCGAACAAUCAAAGCUUGUCAGAGAAAUUAUUGAGAAGAAACAAACAUUUGAUGAACAAAUUCAAAAUCAAGAAUUUCGUCUGUUUUCUGAUGGUGACGUUAUUAAAUCUGGUGAUUUUCAAGAGGAUAUAGACGAAAGUGGGAGCGAAAACGAUCAGGAAAUGGAUGAUGAUUCAGGAAUGGAUUCUGAGCCAGAAAACGACAAUUUAAACGAUUCUAGCGGUUGGAAUCCAGAGGAUGAGAACGAUGAAGAAAAUGAAGGUUCUGUAGGCAGUUCCGAUGAAGAAUAUCAAGAAAUUGGAAAUGGAAAUGAAUUUGAUGACACAAUCGACAAUGAUGAUGAUGAUGACGAAAUGAUUGGAAGUGACUGGAAGGAAGGAGUUGCAGAUAGAGCUAGAAAUGCAUAUUUAGAGAGACAAUCAAACAAUAAAAGUAUAAUGAAGUUAGUUUAUGGAAAAUAUCACCAAAAUUCAUCCAAAAACGCUGAUUCCGAUAAUGAAGAAGAAGAUGGCAAAAUUGGUGGAUUAUUUAAAAGUAUAUCAAAACUUCAGUCACAAAUUCAUCAAGAAAAGCAGCAAAGAGAUGCAGAAGAAUGUCCAUUUUUUGAGAGUGACAAUGUUGGAAUUAGAAAUUGGUUGUCCGAUGAUAAUAAGAGUUUAGUUGUGAAUAAAUUUGUAACUGGAAAGUGGAAAAGUAAUGAAGAUGCUGAGCAAUUAUUAGCAUUAGAUGACAUGAGCGAUGGAGAUAGCGAAGUUUAUGGUGAUUUUGAGGAUUUGGAAACUGGAGAAAAGUUUGAAGGAAAAACAGUUAAAAAAGACGAAAGCGAUGAUGAAAAUGAAAAUAAAGAAGAAGUAAAAGUGUCAAAAAAGCGAGAUCGUGUUGAGGAAAUGAAUAUGACUCGUAAAGAAUUAAUAGCAAAGAAAAUGAAGUUGAAAGCUAAAUUCGAUUCAGAAUAUGAUAAUCCAGAACUUAAAGACUCGCACAGAAUCGAGGAUGAUGAAGCAUUUUAUGAAAAAUGGAAGGCUGAAGCAGACAAACAAGCUGAAUUAAAUCGUAAAGAGUUUUCAGGUCUCGAUGAUCACGUUAGAAGUGAAAUUGAAGGUUUUCGAGCUGGUCUUUAUGUGAGAUUAAGCUUUAAAAAUAUUCCAUGCGAAUUCGUCACGAACUUUGAUGCUUCUUAUCCAAUUUUGAUCGGUGCAUUAAACAUGUCUGAAGAAAAUAUUGGAUUAGUUAAUUGUGAAGUCAAAAAGCACCGAUGGCAUAGAAAGAUUUUAAAAACUGGAGAUCCAUUAAUUAUUUCACUUGGUUGGAGACGCUUCCAAACUGUUCCUGUUUAUUCUAAACGAGAAGAUGAUUUGAAAUAUCGAUUCUUAAAAUAUACACCAAAUCAUAUUAAUUGUCAUAUGAGCUUUUAUGGACCAAUUACGCCUCAAGCAACUGGAUUUUUGGCUGUUCAAACUGUCACAAAUGACAUAACAGAAAUGAAGAGAAUUGGUUUUAGAAUUGCAGCAACUGGAUCAGUUAAAGAAAUUGACAAAUCAUCAUCGAUUUUGAAGAAGCUUAAGCUCGUCGGUACACCAAUUAAAAUCUUCCAGAAGUCUGCCUUCAUUAAAGGAAUGUUCAACAGUGACUUGGAAGUAGCUAAAUUCACAGGUGCCAAAAUAAAGGCAGUGUCAGGAAUUAGAGGUCAAAUAAAGAAGGGAAUUUCAUCUAUUAAAGAAAAAUCAGGAAGACAUGUAAAUGUCGAGCCUGGAACGUUCCGUGCUACAUUCGAAGAUAAAAUCAAAAUGAGUGAUAUUAUUUUCUGUAGAACAUGGUUCAAAAUUGAUGUUCCACAGUUUUAUGCACCUGUUAAUAAUAUGUUGCUUCCAAUUGAAUCGAAAUCACAAUGGACAGGCAUGAAAACUUUAGGACAAUUGAAACGUGAAAGGGAAAUAAGAAAUGAAGUUAAUGAAGAUAAUUUGUAUAAACCAAUUGUGAGACAAGCUCAAGUCUUGAGACCUCUUAAAAUCCCAGCUGCAUUACAAAAAGCUCUGCCUUAUAAAGAUAAACCUAAAAAUGCACCAAUUAAUCCUAAACAGAAGUUUGAAGCAACUCGUGUUGCUGUUGUGCAUUCACCGCAUGAACAGAAAAUUGCCAAGAUGAUGAAAAUGUUAAAGGCUAAUUAUCAGGCAAAGAAAGAGAAACAAAAGGAACAGUCCACAAAGAAAUAUGUUGACAAGAUUAAGGAAAGACAGAAAGGUGAAUUCCAACAAUUACAGAAGCAAAAGGAAUUGAAGAGGAAAAUCUUUAAAGCUUUGUCGAAGAAAGAAACAGAUGAGAAGGAUGGAAAAUCUCGUCAUAAGAAGGGAUUCAAGAAGUCGUUUAAAAAGGAUUAAGUGAAUUUUAUGCUAAGUUGAACUGUUUUAAAUGGAUUUAUUUUGAAUAAUAAAUUGAAUUAUCUUGUAUUUUA